GUGACGGCACGAGGAAAAUUUUCACUUCUGUUAGCCAUUUUCGUAUCGAGUUUGCGUACUGCGUAGAAGCAGAAAGUUUGUAUUUGUACUGAAAACUAAAUGUUUGAAGUGUUCCGUUUUGCUAAAUAUUGUUGAUUUUUGGAAUCAGGAGCGUAGGAUCAUUAUCAGGCAAAAACGCUGAUAUUGGAUUGACCAUCUCUGUUGAACAGAGCGCUAAAAGUAGCAAAUCGGACUCUUUGCUCUCGAUACGAGGUUGAACUGAGUUGUAUUAGGGCCGGAAUAGCUAGGGUCACUGAUUUGUAAGUUCUAACCUAUAAAACCAUUUUGAACCAUGUUUGUAACAACUUAUCAUUUGUUCCGUAGAAUUGAAGCAUCACUACAAAACUAUAAAUAUAGUCUGCUAUCAGUACCAGUGCAUCGCUUUUCAUUUGCCGCCCUAUCACAACAUUCUUCAAUUAAAUCAAAUUGAAGUCGAAAUUCGUCGAGCAACUGGGAAUCGUCGAAAUUAACUUUAUGUUCGAGGUUCGCCAACAAAGAUGGAACGAGAAUUUCAACCCAAGACCGGAACUGGUCCGGAAGCUGACAACGACACCACUAUUGUCGAUCAAAACUCCAGCUGCGUGGCUUGCAGCAAACCAGACAGCUUUGACGAUAUGGUUGCCUGCGACUUGUGUGAUUCCUGGUGGCAUCAGUGUUGCGCGGGAGUAACCAAGUCAAUUAAGGACCGUGAUUGGACAUGCCCCAGAUGUUUGCCGGUUCCAAGUCGAGCAAACUCGAUCAGAUCCACUUCGACGGUGCGUAAGGCCCUCCUCGAACUUAAAUUGCAACGACUCGAGGAAGAGAAGGAUUUGAAACGGAAGCAGUUCGAAGUGAAACGGAAGCAGUUCGAAGUAGAACAGAAGCAGUUCGAAAUUGAGCUAGAUCAAAAGUGUUUAGACGAAAAAUAUCGUCUGCUGGAAGCUGCCGCGGUCGAUGAUGACAUUGACAGCGAAGGAAGCCGCCAAGAAUAUCACCGUAGACGGCAACGAACGGAGGACUGGGUGUCCAGCAGAACAAGCAACGUUUCGGAAAGGCUCGAAGGAGCUGUUGGUGGUGUCGACGAGGGGCGUACCGACGCCCAGCCGAUUGAAGCUGAACAGAUUCAGCAAGUAAAUAGUGUUGUUCGCGAGCUCAAUAGCAAGGUGGCAAACUGCCAGAAGGAGCCGGAUCCAUUGUAUGCGAACUUGAAAGUUAUCCUGAAGGCGUGCCAAAUUCAAAAUAACGCUUCAGUGAGUGGCACACCCUACACAGGCACAGUGCCAAAAAGCACCCGAAUGCUGGCUCCGCCGAUUGCUCCCCGUACAUUCGAGCAGUAUGAGCGUCGAGAAGAAAAUGUCUUUCCUGACAGCACGGAAUAUUCUAUGCAGAACCAAUGUAGUUAUCGGAAACAUCCGCAGGUGGAACCCGGAUAUAACGCACCGGUGCCGCAACACAUAGCACCCGAACGUGAUGUAAUGCCAAGCAAUUUGACACCCUCGCCACAGGCAGGCUUGUCUGGCAAUCGAAUUCAACAUUCGUCAAUUGUUUUGAGCACACCAUCGGCAUCGCAGAUUGCUGCCAGGCAGGCACUUUCGCGAGACCUCCCAAUAUUUUCCGGCAAUCCAGCUGAUUGGCCGGUGUUUAUCGCCAACUACAAUUAUACCACAGAGGCGUGUGGAUUCAACUGUGGAGAAAAUAUGAUCCGCUUACAGCGUUGUCUGAAAGGUCCUGCGUACGAGGCAGUCAGAAGCAAGCUGGUCAUACCGUCAUUGGUUCCUGCGGUUAUCGACGCGUUAGAGAUGCGGUUUGGGCGUCCCGAAUUGUUGAUCGAGACUUUCAUCAACAAUGUGAAAUCUACGACGCCACCCAGAGCGGAUCGUUUGGAAACCCUAAUAGAUUUUGGGGAGAAGGUGCAGACUCUUUGCGACCACAUAAUUGCUGCCGAUCUGACUGAUCAUUUGGCCAACCCGCAAUUGAUGAAGGAUCUAGUUGAAAAAUUGCCCCCUGACUACAGAAUGAAGUGGGCCGAAUUCCGUGAGCCACUGUCGAAAGUAAAUUUGCAAACGUUCCGAGAAUUUAUGAAUCGGAUUGUCAAGAAUGCUUACCGUGUAACUGGUGCAAGGUCGUUUGUUGAAGAGAUGAAAUCGGUGAAGCGCGACCGAGGAAAGAAUCUAAACUACAGCUUCAUACAUUCCGAAACCGGGGGGAGUGACUCCGGCCAGUCAGCCAAAGUCUCAGCCGAUGAGCGGAAGCCAAUUGAAUGUGCCGUUUGUGGGAAAAUUAAUCAUCGAGCCAGGGAGUGCGAAGCAUUCCAAGCGCUGUCCGUAGAUGAACGCUGGACACGUGUACGGAAUCUUGGACUCUGUCGUACGUGCCUUUACGGACAUGGACGUCGCCGAUGCAGGAGUACAAAACGCUGCGGAAUCAAUGGCUGUGAGAAACGGCAUCAUCCGUCGCUGCACUCCGACCGGAAAUCACAAGAUGCAGCUACGACGACGGUGGCGUCGCUGCAUGCUGCUAUGAACCACCAAACUGAUGGUGCUGAUCCAACAUUAUUCUUCAGAAUUUUACCUGUGACGGUCUAUCAAGGUCAACAUUCUAUCGACACAUUCGCCUUUGUCGAUGAGGGGUCGGCACUUAGUAUGAUGGAUACCGAGCUAGCUGAUAAGCUUGGACUUCGAGGACGAAAGCAACCACUUUGCCUUACGUGGACGGCACAAGUAUCCAGAACUGAACAAAACUCCCGAAGAGUGUCAUUUGAAAUUUCUGGUCUGGGUAAACCGAAAAGGUUCCGAAUGACAAAUGUUUGCACCGUUGAUUCAUUGGGCCUGCCAGUGCAAAGUUUGCCCAUCAGCGACUUGCAAGAACGAUAUCAAUACCUUCGAGGGAUUCCGGUUUCUGGCUACCAGAAUGCAGUGCCCCAGAUAUUGAUUGGCGUGGACCAUCUGAGACUGGUCGUGCCUCUCAGAGUUCGAGAAGGAGGUCAGCAAGAACCAACUGCAGUUAAAACUCGUCUCGGUUGGAAUAUUUACGGAGGACAAGGAAAUUCGAAGCUUUUCGCUUUGAAUCUGCAUCUGUGCAAAUUUAGUUGCAGCACGAAUUUUCAAAAUUCAAUUGAAGGGUACUCUGCUAUCGAAGAAGCAAAAGCAGAAGUUAAGCCCACAUUGCAUCAUGUGUCAGACCAAGAUGCCCCUGCAGUGUCUUUCUUGAAAGCCACAACUGUCCGUGUGAACGAUCCAUUGUUGGAGGCUAGCGUUGGAGAACAAGUCGACGAACAAGUAAGAAGAAGUCAUGCGCAUAGCGCUACCGUAGCCGAGCUGACAAUAGCAGAUCCGCGGAAGAUGCUAUAUCUGCCACUCAAACUUGUGGCCAAUCUGAGGAAGCCGAUGAAAAUCCGCCAGCCUUGGGCAGCUGCCGCUCCAGUGGAUGAUAUCGUCCCGAAUACCAUGCUUUUCGAGGGCUCAGAACUCCUGACAUCACUGCUGGCGAUCUUAUUGCAUCUCCGGCAUCAUGUAGUUGGUGUGAGUGAUUAUACGCAAAAGAGAUGUCAACAAGUUAAUAUUCGCAAUGAAAAUCGAGAUGUCCAACGAUUUUUCUGGCGUAAGGAUCCGACCAGGGAACCAGAAGCGCGUUUAAUAGAUGUGAUUGUUCCUAAAUAUUGCGACAAAAUCCUUGCUGGCAAUUUUCUGACCGUUGAGGAGCUAAAGCUGAUUUCUGCUAAGAUGACGGAAGUGCACCGAAGUGGCAGCGCCCAGCCGCGAAACGUUAGCUCCAAUAGUACGGCAGAAAAGGAUCAUCAUGAUGAACGACCUAAGACGACAACUUAUGUCAGUGAAAACGAAGCGGCUACACCAGUACGAAUUUUAGUGGAAGAGACGAAAUGUGAAACCGUCACUUUGUUCUCCAAGCCGAAAGAGAAUAUUUUGAACCGGGUGCAAGACAGUCCGAAAUCAACUAUUCGAGAGACCAUUAGAUGUGCGACGUUGCUUUUCGAGGUUCUUCGCACACUUUCUCUACGUAUUGUUCGAGGAGAGGUUCUUAGCCGAAAAUGGUGGUGGUCAGGCGAAGGAUGGAAAGAAGAAAGAAGUGAUGGUAGCUUCAAUCAUUGGCGAAAGUGGCUCCAAACUUUGUUGGACGUGCGACGGGCUACGAUACCGGAAGAAUGUACCCACGAUCUCCUGAAACGAGCAUGGACUAAGGUGAAAAAGAAAUUCGAGCAGUUCUGGCGAAGGUGGGUUUUGGAGUACCUGCCAACACUAACCAAACGUACUAAGUGGUUCAAUGAAACGAGAGAUAUUGCGGUAGGAGAUGUGGUACUCAUAUUCAAUGAAGGAAAGCGGAAUUCCUGGGAGCGAGGAUUGAUCGUAGAACUCAUCGCUGCAUCGGAUGGACGGAUUCGACAAGCCUGGUUUCGAACGGGCAAUGGUGUAUAUCGGAAGCCGAUUGCUAAGCUAGCAAUCCUUGAAGUGUCGUCUCGAGAAAAUGGUUCCAGAGAGUUGCCUGACUGCGAAGGUGGCUCCAUAGUGAGCAACGAUGAAGGCGUGAACGAGGAUUCCGGAAGUGAUGAAACCGAGGCCAGCCGUAGGUUCCAUCGGGGGGAGAAUGUUGGAAAACUGGUCACCGUGCCAGUCCGCGGUUUUUGCAAAAGUCGCUGAGAAAUAACAGCGAAAACUAAACGUCAUCGUUGCCGCCAAAAGUGACGGCACGAGGAAAAUUUUCACUUCUGUUAGCCAUUUUCGUAUCGAGUUUGCGUACUGCGUAGAAGCAGAAAGUUUGUAUUUGUACUGAAAACUAAAUGUUUGAAGUGUUCCGUUUUGCUAAAUAUUGUUGAUUUUUGGAAUCAGGAGCGUAGGAUCAUUAUCAGGCAAAAACGCUGAUAUUGGAUUGACCAUCUCUGUUGAACAGAGCGCUAAAAGUAGCAAAUCGGACUCUUUGCUCUCGAUACGAGGUUGAACUGAGUUGUAUUAGGGCCGGAAUAGCUAGGGUCACUGAUUUAAUUGAAGCAUCACUACAAAACUAUAAAUAUAGUCUGCUAUCAGUACCAGUGCAUCGCUUUUCAUUUGCCGCCCUAUCACAACAGUAUAUAUUUCUAUACGGCGGUUUCGAAAAGGGUCAGUUCAGGUGUCUAAGGGCAUAAAGCAAGAAGCGCCGCUGGAUAGCCUUGACCCAUUCGGCUCCGUUCUGGUAGUAGGGACACCAAAAAGCAGAAACGUAUUCUUUAAUGUGGUCUCCGCGUGCGAUCAUCCCCUAGAAAAUACUCCCCAGUAAAAGACAGCCGCUAACGUGAUAAUUUUACGACUGCGAUUCAAAGUCAACGCACCAGUGAGCGAAGAGGUUGAACUGAUUUUUCAGGAAAUUAGGAGUCGUCUUUAGUUUGAAACAGUUUAAGAUCAUCAGCAUAGCACAGUUUUGGGCCGUCAAAAAGCAAAAGCACGCCGUUAAAACUGUUCGAACUGAUCACUAGAAAAGUUGUGAUUACAAGACGAGAAAAACAUUUGUCCUAUUCCUAUCCUCUAUUUUAUGAACCGACAAUAUAUGGGGCUUGUAGGAUAAAUUUGAUAAUUUCAUAUCAAUUCUAUUUCAGAUCUUUAUCUUCAUCUGUGUAGGAGGGGAAAAAGCCAAUACUUAUAAAAAAAAAUGAAUUAUCAUUUGCAUCAACAGAUUACAAAUCUCCCUGUUUCGUAAUAAGAAGGGGGCAUUCAUUAACAUAUAAGGUACACCGGGGCAAGUGCAAACUGGGGGCAAGUGCAAACGUUCAACUUUUCUCUGUUACAAAAAAAGUAAAAAAUAUUUCUUCUUCUAGAAAUUGUUGUUUAGACCCAAACAAACAAUCUGACAUAGAUAAACUAAACUUUCUUUAAUUUUUUCUCUAAAAACAUAGCACUGUUUGAUCACACACGAAUUCAAGUGCGUACUAGACAUGAACAGUGUGUUUUUGUUUUGCAUAUUAUGGCUACAAAAAAGGGCAAUCAAAUCCGAAUUUUCGUUAAAAGGUGAGUGUUUGAGACCGAUAUUCUAGUAAAAGCAGAAAAUUUAUGAUAAAUUUUCAGUACUCCGCGAAAGUUGUGAACAUAAUAUUCGCUCUCGUUAACCCACACUGUGGGGCAAGUGCAAACGACACUACCGGGGUAAGUGCAAACGCACCUUUAAGCCAUGUAACAUCAGCCAUUACAGAAAAUUCAUCACAAAAAUGGUUCAGCAUUAUAUUAAAAUGGUCAGAAGGGAUAUCCAAAGUGAUUUAUCUGAAGCGGAUGUUCAAAGUUCCGUAAUGCCUUAGUAAAUGAAGGUCUUUUGCUUAAAACAACAGUCACCAAAAAUGGAGUUCCAAAAAGUUAUCAAUAUCGCAAGAAAACAGCAAAUAUAUUAACAAAAGUUGAUAAAACGUACCGGAACAUGUAUUCAAUUCAUUUUAGGACCGAUGCACUGACUCAUCUGUGAAUUACUUUGGAAAAAGUAUUGCGUUUGCACUUGCCCCCAUAAACGGGGCAAGUGCAAAUUUUGGAAUUUUUUCACCAAAGCACCGUUUCUUUUUACCAACAUUUUUUUAUUUUUCACUUUCAACGGAAAUUUGUUGAAAACUAUUUUAGUGAUGCAACGGACGAUAAUUGAUAAUUUUUGAACAUAUACAUAUUUUUCUAGGACAUGUGAAAGUUGAACUAUGGUGAAAACCGUUUGCACUUGCCCCGGUGUACCUUACACUUGUUUCUAUCAGGUUUAAUCAAAUAAGUUUUGCACUCCCCUUUUCGUACAAAUGCCCUAAUUUUUUGAAGCAAUAAAAGUUCGAUUUUUAUACUGAAACCUAA